UAGAGAGGCAGAAUCACUGAAGUAGCACAUGAGAGCUUGUGGUAGGGAGUGAACAGGACAAACACUGACAGGCUCCGCCACAGAGAGCGAGAAAGGGGGAGAGCUCGCAGCACCUUAAAGGCGCCACCAGCGGCUUCAUUAGCAUUUGAAGGAGAGUUGGUCACACAUUGCAGCCACGCCGGGACUCAUGUAGACAAACCGCUGUUACCCAUCGCCUGUGGAGCGGCGCAGGGCAUCCUACAGCAGAGGAGGACAACAAGGCUGGAGCCCAAGCUUGGAGAAGAGGAUGAGAAGCAUCACUGCCACCUGACUCAUACCGGGAGUCAGCCUCAGCACCUGCAGCGGCAGACUGAGCGCUCUGGCUAUCAAGGAGACCGGGGCAGACGGGGAGAGAGCUGCUGAGAUUAUGCGCGGGGCAGAGAGCUCCUGUGGAUUCCCCAUCUUUGGCAACAGCAGCAGCAGCAGGGGGAGCAGGAGCCGUGGCUCUACGCAAAGCAGCCGAGCUAGCUGGAGCUGCAGCACAACAAGGAGCUCUGACUCUAAAGCUAUUCAUUUAUCCAGAGAUGAAGGUAGCAUUUGCAGCCAAGGUGUAACAGGGACCACAUGCGGAUGUAGCCACAGCGUUGAAUGUACCUGUAGCCACAGCAGCGAAGGUAGUUGCAGCGCCGGUGCAAAGGUGUCCACGGCGGUGCAGUUAAAGUGUAGUAGUUGUUGUAGUAGUAGCAGGGGGGGCAGUGGCUCAGGACACUGAAUGACCAGUGUGGCUGAUGAAGGCCACCUGGAUCCGCUUGCUGAAACGAGCCAAAGGAGGUCGCGUCAAGAGCUCGGAUGCCUGCGGUUCGGCCGACUCCUACACCAGCCGUCCAUCAGACUCCGAUGUGUCCCUGGAGGAGGAUAAGGAGGCAGUGCGCAGAGAGGCAGAGCGACAGGCUCAGGCACAGCUUGACAAGGCCAAGACCAAGCCAGUUGCAUUUGCUGUCCGCACAAAUGUCAACUACAGCCCGAGUCACGAUGACGAUGUCCCCGUGCCCGGCAUGGCCGUCUCCUUUGAGGCUAAAGACUUCCUCCAUGUCAAAGAGAAAUUCAACAAUGACUGGUGGAUAGGACGCCUGGUGAAAGAAGGCUGUGAAAUCGGUUUCAUCCCCAGUCCAGUGAAGCUUGAAAACACUCGAAUCCUCCAGGAGCAGAGAGCCAAACAGGGAAAGUUCCACUCCAGUAAACUGGGAGCAAACUCAUCGUCUAGUUUAGGUGAAGUGGUUCCUAACUCACGGAAAUCUACUCCUCCUUCGUCUGCCAUUGACAUAGACGCCACAGGCUUAGACCCUGAGGACAAUGAGCUUCCAGUCAACCUGCGCUCCUCUAAAGCCAGUCCAAACACUGUCAUGUCACCCCUAGCAAAAGAAAAACGAAUGCCCUUCUUUAAGAAGACGGAACACAUUCCUCCGUACGACGUUGUGCCUUCCAUGCGGCCUGUGGUUCUGGUUGGACCGUCACUGAAGGGCUACGAGGUGACAGACAUGAUGCAAAAAGCACUGUUUGACUUUUUGAAACACAGAUUUGAGGGAAGGAUAUCAAUCACUCGUGUCACAGCUGACAUCUCUCUUGCCAAACGCUCGGUCCUGAACAACCCCAGCAAGCACGCCAUCAUCGAACGCUCCAACACACGCUCGAACUUGGCCGAAGUCCAGAGUGAAAUCGAGCGGAUUUUCGAACUGGCCCGGACGUUACAGCUGGUGGUUCUAGACGCCGACACAAUCAACCACCCGUCACAGCUGGGGAAGACGUCCCUCGCCCCCAUCAUCGUCUACGUCAAGAUCACCUCUCCUAAGGUGCUGCAGCGGCUCAUCAAGUCCAGAGGCAAGUCUCAGGCCAAACACCUCAAUGUCCAGAUGGUGGCCGCCGAUAAGCUGGCUCAGUGCCCUCCUGAGAUGUUUGACAUCAUCCUCGACGAGAACCAGCUGGAGGAUGCAUGUGAGCAUAUGGCCGAUUACCUGGAGGCCUACUGGAAAAGCACUCACCCAACCAGCAGCAACCCUCCCAACCCACUGCUAACGAAGCUGCCCACAGCCGCCCUGCCCUCCAGCCCGACCCCGGUCUCCGGUGUGCAGGGCAACAGUACAGAGCAGAGAGGAGAUAAAGCGCUAGCGGAGAGGAAGGGCUCCAAAGAGGAUUACCAGCACCAUCACCACCACCACCACCACCACCACCAGAGCCUGGACCAGGGAGACGCCGACGCGGAGGCUGAGGGGGACGGCGAUGAGGAGGAGAGGCCCCUUAGGACAGAGUCCUCCAGGAGAGCCCAGCACAUCCACCACCGGUCGUCUUCAACUAGGACUGAGCAACACAACCACCAUCACCACCACCACCACAGCAGCAAUAGAGCCAGGGGCCUCUCCCGCCAGGAGACUUUGGACUCUGAGACCCCCGAGAGCCGGGAAAGCAGAGAGAGCAGAGAGAGCCGAGAAAGCAGAGAAAGCAGGGACUCGGCUUAUAUCGAGCCGCGCACUCAGCUCCUCCACCAAGAGGAGGAGGAGGAGGAGGAGGAGGAGGAAGAGGAGGAGGAGGAGGAGGACGAGGAAGAGGAUCUAGGGGAGGGGCACCCCCAGCAGCAACAGCGCUACGAGCCACUGCCCCACAGGGACCACAACCACCACCACCACCACCACCACCACCGCAGCGGAGCGGACGAGGGCGGCCACGGCACGGGACACCACCGCUCAAAAGAGCGCGAACAGGACCAUAACGAACGGAACAAGCAGCGCUCCCACCACCACCACCGGCCGGCGCGAGACCACCACCACCACUACUACGACCGGGACAGGGAGAGGGACCGGGAGGGGGAGGUGGCUCCCAAAAAGAGGGGUGAGGCGGGGGAAUGGGCCAGAGACUCGUACAUCCACCAGUGACAGACCCCGACCCCUCCCGAAGCUCAUCCGUUCUCCCAUCGUGCUGCUAUGCCCUGAAACCACAGCGUCCUAUUUAUGUACACUUGUUUGUAAAAUGCUGUUGCAUCUUUUUCAACGGCAGGAUUUUUGAUUACAUAGAUACAAAUAUAAAUAUAUAUAAAGUAUAUGUAUGUGUGUAUCUAUGCAUAGACGUCGUUUAUGUGUGGAUAUGCAUGAAUAUUCUCAGAUAUGCAUAUUUUAAACCUGUGUUUGAUAAAGCAUGACACAAAAGCAGAAUUAUUUUCUGUACUGAGCUGUGCUUUCUGUGAUUAGCAUUAUUAUUUUUAUUGUUUCUAUAAUUAUUAUUAAUAUUAUUAAUUUUUAAUUGCUUGCUACCACUUGAAUGAUUUGUUCCUUCAGACUACUGCGAGGGUUGACUGCAGACCAACCAACAUAGUUUGAUGCUGUAUUUGCAGAAUAGUUUGCCAGUUUGGGAAAUAACGCCCGCAGCUAACGCGGCCUAAAACAACGGCACUGCAUUCAGUCAUAAACGUUAUAAUGUUCAGAUUCUGUUGUUUUAGAUUUACGAUCAUUUUGGAGGGUGUAGUUUGUGGUUCUGAUGAACUGUACUACGUUAAUAAUGUGUUUCUUUUGCUUCACCCGACCUAUUUAUAACAUUAUGGGUAAGCUAAGAAACAGAAGCACUUUUUGUUAUAAAUAAUAGGUCAACAGCAGCUCAUACUACAACCUCGACAAUGACCAAAACCUCAAAGAAACAAACGCUACAAUCUUAAUGAUUCAAUGCAGGACUGGUGUAUUAGACUGGUUUAGUUUUAGGGAGGUGUGCCUAACAAACAGUUCAGAUGGGAUGAUCAAUACCACUCCUGUACCUAUGAAGUAAAUAGCUAGCAGCAGGUUAGCUUAGCUUUGCACAAAGACUGGAAAUAAAGGGAGAAGCAGCUGAUUUUAUUGUGUCUAGAUAAAAAAAAAACAAAGACAAAACAUCUACUGACGUCUAAAAACUAAAAAGCCACUAAAAAAUAAAAUAGGUUCUGUUGUUUCUUGGUGCUUUAGCUAACUCCAGCUAGCUGGCUGCUAGCUAUUGCUUCAUAUCUAACUCUCGACAAGAGACCAAGCUAUUCACUUAUUUCCCAAAGUGCCAAACUGCUCCUUUCAUUUUAUGUCCAUCAUUUACUGCUUAGUUCCUGUUUUACUCUGCGUCCAUGGUUUUAGACGUUUGGUUUUAACAUAUUUCUGCCUCCGUCGAGGCGCACCUUAGUCUUGCCUUACAAGACAAACGAGUUCUACAGUAACUUCCUCUCUUACAUGCAGUACUGUUCUUUGUAUGGGUCCAGAAACAUUUUAUAACAUUGGUACAUCUUUUAUUCUGCACUUUUACUGAUUCACGUUGGUUUCAAGUGAAGGCAAUUUGAUAUGACGCCGCAACUCGGCUGUAAGUCUACUACCAAAACUCCAUUAAGGUUCAUCUUUCAUCGAGUCUCACCCCUUUUCUAAUGAAUGUUGUUUAACUCCCACUUCUCAGUACACAGAAUGUUCAUUUUAGGAUUUUUUUUUUUGUUCCGUAUGUUCUCUCUCUCACACACACACACACACACAAAAAAGUAAUUAAAAGACGCAUUUGAGAAACAAAUAAUUCCACAUGUUUACCAGAAAACCAUAGAUCUCUUUGUCUGACCGAUGCACAAAAUCUGUUCAAUGCAAAGUGAUGGAGUUUUGGAUGAUUUUAGAGCCUCAACCUGCUCACAAAUCAAUAGUAUUGGAAAAAUCUAAAUUGAUCUUAGGUCGGAGUCCAUGUGCUCUCUCUCUGUUUACACCAACCCCCCCUCUCAUUCUUUGCCUAAUAAUUUUAACUAUAGAACCUACUCCAUUUCUAUGCUACGUUGGUAGCACUGCAGAUUUUGUAAUGGUGUACAUGUGUAUGUACAUUAUGCGUAGAUAUGAAGAAUAAAGUUGGCAACAAAGGACGGGCGCAGCGGGAA